AAAUGUUAGUCAUAGUUUUUGGCUCUGCUGAUAGAUUUUUGUACACUUGGUGCGCAGCAAAUAUCUUAGUAGUUUACGUUUGCUUUGUUUGUUACUGAAUAACUACACAGGCCGUAUUCUCUUCCCAUUGAAUGUAGCAGAGGACAGGAGCACGGGGCCCCUUACCCUGAAGGAGAAGGGCCGCGUCAUCAAGGGCUUAUGGCCGUUCGUCCUUCCUCUGGGUCUGGUCUACUUUGCUGAGUACUUCAUCAACCAAGGCUUGAUGGAGCUCCUGUUUUUUCACAACUUUUUCCUUUCACAUGCAGAGCAGUAUCGCUGGUACCAGACCCUGUAUCAGGUCGGUGUGCUGGUGUCCCGAUCCUCUCUGCGCUGCUUUAAGUUCAGGAGAGUGUGGAUUUUCUCUUUACUGCAGAUGCUGAACUUGGUCUUCCUCCUGUUUGCGGUGCGCUUCCAGUUCCUGCCCAGCGCCUGGAUCGUCUUCGCUCUGAUCCUCUAUGAGGGUCUGCUUGGCGGAGCGGCCUAUGUGAACACCUUCCACUUCAUCAGCAAGGAGGUAACGUCUUCGCUCUGUCAGAUCCUUCCUUUCAGAGAAUAGAAGAUGGAAGUGGAGGUAAAACAUCUGGCUAAAUCUGGGUCUGAUGCACAGAUGUGGACAAAUUACUUCAUACUUUUGAUAAAGAUGGGAAAGAAAAUAGCAAUGAAUAAUUUAUUUCAGAGCUAUAAUCUAAUUUUAAAAAAUGCAAGAUAAUUUAUGAGUUGAGGAAUAUUUCAUGCUAAGAAAUCAUUUUCCGGGCCUGCAGGGGGCGCAGUGGUUAACGCGCACGGCCCACGUAUGGAAGCCUUAGUCCUCAACGCGGCCGACUCUGGGUUGAAUCUGGCCUGUGGUCCUUUGCUGCAUGUCUCUGCCCCCCCUCUCAUUCCCCCUUUCCGGUCAGCCUAAUU